AUGGUGUCAACUUCUCCCACUUCUUCGUCGUCGACGUUCACAGCCACAGCCCUUUUAGUUGGAAUGGCAUUGGCACUUUCAUGCUCUAAAAAAGUGGAACAAAGACGGCGCAGCUACGCACGUACGGCCGAAAAGAAUAACCUCUGCGAACGCUUCGCGGCUCCUCGUCGCUACGGUGCCGCGAUCCGUCUGCAUCCGGAAGCGUAUCGAAGGUACCGAGACUUGCACGACAAUGUAUGGGACCAAGUAUUGAAUCGGAUGCGCCGUUCACACAUUCGGAAUUUUACUAUCUAUUACCACGAAGAGACGCAGACUCUGUUUCAGCAUUUCGAAUGGAUCGGUCACUGGCGUCCUGGUGUGCAUACACGCGCCCAAGAGGCCACUCUCUUUCGAGCGGAUAUGCAGGCGAUUGCUGAUGAUCCUGUCACCAAGAGGUGGUGGAAGGAAUGCGAACCGUGCCAAAUUCCCUUUCGCGACCCACAACAGACGCCACCUUCGGCCGGUGGACAGGGAGAAUGGUGGACGCCUCUGGAAUGUGUGAAUCAUUGCGGGCUUUGGCCAACUGCGUAUUCCCAGCAAGACAGGGAUCCGGACUUUGUGAAGCGGAACAAGGCUGAUGUAGCAUAUUUAUAGCCGUGGGAGUGGACACGAAUCAUGCAUUGAUAGAAGUAAGUUCUACAGAACGUACGCUUUCCUUGCCUUUUAGGAAAAGUACAGACUAUUUCCAAUGGUACAUGACCGUUUACUGCUAAAUGUAAGCAAAAUAGAAAGUUUAC